AUGCAAAGUUUUGAAAUGGACUAAGAAGCCAUAUCUCCAAAUUUAGUGAAGUUAAAUAAGAAUAUAAAAAUAGAUACAAACCAGAACGUUUUUUUUGAUAAUCUUUUAAGAAAAAUUGGUUGGGGUAAAUUUAAUACAUUGUCUUUUAUCGCAAUAUCAAUGAGUAUUUUUGGAGAUGCCAUAGAAAUACUAGUAGGCUCAAUGUUAUUUCCCGCAUUUGAAAAAAAAUGGGGAGUAAAAAGUGAUCAAUAGAUAACAUAUGGAACUUUUAUAUUUCUUGGAUUUAUGCUAGGGCCAAUAUUUUCAGGUUAUUUUUCGGAUAAAAUAGGUAGAAAAAAAACCAUAGAAAUAUCAAAUAUAGGUCAAUUUAUGUUUGGAUUAAUUUCCUCAUUUGCUCCUAAUUUCACUAUUUUUACUAUAUUAAGAACUAUAUAUAGUUUCCUAACAGCAAUAUCAUUACCCACAUGUUUUACUUAUAUUUCAGAAGUGACCCAUGUCGAAAUGAGGGGAAAAGCCGUAGGUAUGAUUUCUCUUUCUUUUGGAUUAGGAGAUAAAUUACUUGUCUAGACUGGUUGGUGUGUUGUAGGUGCUUAUUCGAGUGAAACUUACAAAACUGAUUUAAGGUCUUUUGCUAUUGCAACAUCAAGUAUUAUAGGAAGAUUUGGAGGCGUGAUUAUGCCUUGGAUAUGUUAUUAAGGAUUUCAUAUUAGGGUUACAGGCCCUUUUUUGCUUUUUGCAUUAUUUUCAAUUAUUUCGACUUUUGCGGCUAUUUCAAUUCCUUUUGAUACUACAGGACUUGAACUUGAUUUAGAAUUUUUAUGA